GCGGCGGGGAGAUCGCGCCGCGCAACCCGCAGAGGCGCUGCGGCCGGUGCAGCCCCGAAGGCCCCGCGCUGAGAAGGCUGCGGAGGAGAAGAGGCCGGAUUGUCGCCCGCCGCCGCGGCCCCCCACCCCGCCGCCGCCGCCGCCGCCGCCGCCCCCCCUGCCCGCGGCGCCGCAUCUUGAAUGGAAACAUGGCGGUGCCGGCUCGGACCUGCGGCGCCUCUUGGCCCGGCCUGGCGCUGACCGCGCGCCCCUGGCCGGGCAGCGGUUCCCGGCUCGGCCCCGGCACCGGACGCCCGGCGUCCGGGCUCUUGCUGCUGCUGUCGUCGCUGCUGCUUCUACCGCUCCUCGCCGCCCCCGGCGCCUCCGCCUACAGCUUCCCCCAGCAGCACACGAUGCAGCACUGGGCCCGGCGCCUGGAGCAGGAGGUUGAUGGUGUAAUGCGGAUUUUUGGAGGCGUCCAGCAGCUCCGUGAGAUCUACAAGGACAACCGGAACCUGUUUGAGGUUCAGGAGAACGAGCCUCAGAAGUUGGUGGAGAAGGUGGCAGGGGACAUCGAGAACCUGCUGGACAGGAAGGUGCAAGCCCUGAAGAGAUUGGCCGAUGCUGCGGAGAACUUCCAGAAAGCCCACCACUGGCAGGACAACAUCAAAGAGGAAGACAUCAUGUACUAUGACUCCAAGGCUGAUGCUGAGCUGGACGACCCUGAGAGUGAGGAUGUGGAAAGGGGGUCCAAGGCCGGCACCCUAAGACUGGACUUCAUCGAUGACCCAAACUUCAAGAACAAGGUCAACUAUUCAUACACAGCUGUGCAGAUCCCCACGGACAUCUACAAAGGCUCCACUGUCAUCCUCAAUGAGCUCAACUGGACGGAGGCCCUGGAAAAUGUGUUUAUGGAGAACCGCAGGCAAGACCCCACGCUGCUGUGGCAGGUCUUUGGCAGCGCCACAGGAGUCACCCGCUACUAUCCAGCCACCCCUUGGCGAGCCCCCAAGAAGAUUGACCUGUAUGACGUCCGAAGGAGACCCUGGUAUAUCCAGGGGGCCUCAUCGCCCAAGGACAUGGUCAUCAUCGUGGACGUGAGCGGCAGCGUGAGCGGCCUGACCCUGAAGCUGAUGAAGACGUCCGUCUGUGAGAUGCUGGACACGCUCUCUGAUGAUGACUAUGUCAACGUGGCCUCGUUCAACGAGAAGGCACAGCCUGUGUCAUGCUUCACACACCUGGUGCAGGCCAAUGUGCGUAACAAGAAGGUGUUCAAGGAAGCUGUGCAGGGCAUGGUGGCCAAGGGCACCACGGGCUACAAGGCCGGCUUUGAGUAUGCCUUUGACCAGCUGCAGAAUUCCAACAUCACUCGGGCCAACUGCAAUAAGAUGAUCAUGAUGUUCACGGAUGGCGGCGAGGACCGCGUGCAGGACGUCUUUGAGAAGUACAAUUGGCCCAACCGGACGGUGCGCGUAUUCACUUUCUCCGUGGGACAACAUAACUAUGAUGUCACACCCCUACAGUGGAUGGCCUGUGCCAACAAAGGUUACUAUUUUGAGAUCCCUUCCAUCGGAGCCAUCCGCAUCAACACGCAGGAAUAUCUAGACGUGUUGGGCAGGCCCAUGGUGCUGGCGGGCAAGGAGGCCAAGCAGGUGCAAUGGACCAACGUGUAUGAGGAUGCGCUGGGGCUGGGGUUGGUGGUAACAGGGACCCUCCCUGUUUUCAACCUGACACAGGAUGGCCCUGGGGAAAAGAAGAAUCAGUUGAUCCUGGGUGUGAUGGGUAUCGACGUGGCUCUGAAUGACAUCAAGAGGCUGACUCCCAACUACACGCUUGGAGCCAACGGCUACGUGUUUGCCAUUGACCUGAACGGCUAUGUGUUGCUGCACCCCAAUCUCAAGCCCCAGACCCCCAACUUCCGGGAGCCUGUGACUCUGGACUUCCUGGAUGCGGAGCUGGAGGAUGAGAACAAGGAGCAGAUCCGUCGCAGCAUGAUCGAUGGCAACAAGGGCCACAAGCAGAUCAGAACAUUGGUCAAGUCCCUGGAUGAGAGAUACAUAGAUGAGGUGAUACGGAACUACACCUGGGUACCUAUAAGGAGCACCAACUACAGCCUAGGGCUGGUGCUUCCACCCUACAGCACCUUCUACCUCCAAGCCAACCUCAGCGACCAGAUCCUGCAGGUCAAGUUGCCAAUCAGCAAACUGAAGGAUUUUGAGUUCCUGCUCCCCAGCAGCUUUGAGUCUGAAGGACAUAUUUUCAUUGCUCCCAGAGAGUAUUGCAAGGACCUGAAUGCCUCAGACAACAACACCGAGUUCCUGAAGAACUUCAUUGAGCUCAUGGAGAAAGUGACUCCAGACUCGAAGCAGUGCAAUAACUUCCUUCUGCACAACCUGAUCUUGGACACAGGCAUCACACAGCAGCUGGUGGAGCGCGUGUGGCGGGACCAAGAUCUCAACACGUACAGCCUGCUGGCCGUGUUUGCUGCCACUGAUGGGGGCAUCACCCGUGUCUUCCCCAACAAGGCAGCUGAGGACUGGACAGAGAACCCUGAGCCCUUCAAUGCCAGCUUCUACCGCCGUAGCCUGGAUAACCACGGUUAUGUCUUCAAGCCCCCACACCAGGAUGCCCUGUUAAGGCCCCUGGAGCUGGAGAACGACACAGUGGGCAUCCUCGUCAGCACAGCUGUGGAGCUCAGCCUAGGCGGGCACACAAUAAGACCAGCAGUGGUGGGCGUCAAGCUGGACCUAGAAGCUUGGGCUGAGAAGUUCAAGGUGCUAGCCAGCAACCGUACCCACCAGGAUCAGCCUCAGAAGCAGUGCGGCCCCAGCAGCCACUGUGAGAUGGACUGCGAGGUUAACAAUGAGGACCUACUCUGUGUCCUCAUUGAUGAUGGGGGAUUCCUGGUGCUGUCGAACCAGAACCAUCAGUGGGACCAGGUUGGCAGGUUCUUCAGUGAGGUGGAUGCCAACCUGAUGCUGGCACUCUACAAUAACUCCUUCUACACCCGCAAGGAGUCCUACGACUAUCAGGCAGCCUGUGCCCCCCAACCCCCUGGCAACCUGGGCACCGCACCCCGGGGUGUUUUUGUGCCCACCAUUGCAGAUUUCCUUAACCUGGCCUGGUGGACCUCUGCUGCAGCAUGGUCCUUGUUCCAACAGCUUCUCUAUGGCCUCAUCUACCACAGCUGGUUCCAAGCAGACCCCGCGGAGGCCGAGGGGAGCCCCGAGACACGCGAGAGCAGCUGCGUCAUGAAACAGACCCAGUACUACUUCGGCUCAGUGAACGCCUCCUACAACGCCGUCAUCGACUGCGGAAACUGCUCCAGGCUGUUCCACGCGCAGAGACUGACCAACACCAAUCUUCUCUUCGUGGUGGCCGAGAAGCCGCUCUGCAGCCAGUGUGAGGCUGGCCGGCUGCUGCAGAAGGAGACACACUCGGACGGCCCGGAGCAGUGUGAGUUGGUGCAGAGACCGCGGUACCGCAGAGGCCCGCACAUCUGCUUCGACUACAACGCAACGGAAGAUACCUCAGACUGUGGCCGUGGAGCCUCCUUCCCGCCGUCGCUGGGCAUCCUGGUCUCUCUACAGCUGCUGCUCCUCCUGGGCCUGCCGCCCCGGCCACAGCCUCAAGUCCAUGCACAUGCCUCUCGCCGCCUCUGAGCGCCCCACUCCACCCUCACCUCCACCCCGGCCUCCUCGCCUCUCCCUCACCCUCCUGCCCCACACUCCCCGCCUAGAGCCUCGUCCCUCCCUCACUGAAGGACCUGAACUCGCCAGGCCCCGAGAAUCUGCACCUUUGGGUGGGGGAGUCCUAAAGGAGAGCACCACUGGUCUUUGGCAUCCAAGCCACGUCUCACUGCUGAACUGUCCAAGUGUUCCCAGCUUCCCACUGGAUUUAUCCCAGUGGGCUGGGACAGAGAGGCCACGUGUAUUGAUGCCAAACCAGGCCCCCGCUGCCUGCCCUGCCUGUAGGUUCCCUCUGUGUGAGGGACCCUGCCUCAGCUGGACUUCUGUAGCCCAGCCCUUCUCCCCACCCAAACCCAAACCUGGUUUCCCUGAAAAUAAUGGAGGAAGGUGAGAUGGGCAAUUUGAGGCCUGUGCAUCCCAGCAUAAAUCCUGGCAGGACAGAGGUCUUAUGGCAGUCCCCCAUGGACUCCUGCCCCUCAGGCCUACGGCCAUGUUCCCCUCACCCAAAGCCCUGCAGGUGUCAGAACAGUCAGUGGCAUCAGUUUAGACACAACCCCAUAAACACCUGGAACCCUGAGGGUAGAAACUGGACUUACAUUAGACAUACUUCAGAGGGUACACAUACAAACACAGACACACACACCAUGGGGUGGGGGCUCACAAACACAAAGCCUUACACGGGGCAGGGGGUUGGUGGGAGGGUUGGUAUCUGCACACUUCAUCUGCUCACCACCUGCCUCUAAUCUGAGCUGCAGCCCAGCUGGUCCUCCAUCUCUAAAGCUGAAUGUCAAACAGUGCCAAAUGCUGGGGCAGGGGGUGAAGACCCCUCUGUCCUACCCCUAGCCACCAGUGUCCCCCAAGUGCCCCUCACCCUGCCAGGUGCUCAGUAUAACCAUUUCUCACUAGUAUCAGGCCCCCAGUGGGACUACAUGCCACUGCCUGCACCCCUCAGCAGAGGAACCCCCAGCAGACAUCGCCCUUUGCCUUAGCAGGGGUGACUUGGUCUCUCCUGGCUGGGCCAUCUCACACCCAAUCUGGCCCUUACACACUCAGGCCUGUGCCCACUCCCUAUCUCCUUCCCACUCACUCACACACACACUCACACUCCUGUCCCCAGGAGGCCAAACUGCCCCUCCCCUGCUGAACACACACUUGCACACACAUACACAUGCACACACACACUCUGUACACACAGAGGCUGGGCCCCAGCACAUCUCUUCACAUCAUUCAUUCUGGUCGUUUCCCCCAAAGGCAUCCCUGCCUGGGGGACCAGUGGGAGAGUGAGGGCAGCGGGGGAUGGAGCCAUGGGGCUCAGAUGGACUGGGAGGAGGGGGGAGGGUGAUGCAUUAAUUAAUGGCUUCGUUAAUUAAUGUAAUGUUGCUUGUUGCUUUCUCAGUGUGUGUGUAUGGUCCAUGCCUUCUGCUGGUGCCAUGGUGGACGUCCAUGAUGUGCACCUGGCCUGGAUGCUGGUUGUGUCCUGCGGGGGCAUGUGUGUAACUGUAGUGUAGUCAGGUGCUCAAUGGAGAAUAUAAAAAUAAAAAAGAAACAAACAUAUACAGAAAAAUAAAUAUAUAAUUUAAGUUUUAAAAACAGAAGAACAGACAAAAUAAUCCCCAUCAGGUAGUUGUCCAACCCCCUGCUGGGUCUGAUCCUUCUCAUUGCCCACCUGACCUGGCUGUCCCCUCACCUUGGGCUGGGGGACUAGGGGGGGCCAUUUCUUUUUCUCUGCCCUUUUUUUUUUUUGUUGUUGUUGCUCUAUUUUGUACAGACAAGUCAGAAAAACAACAGCGACAAAAAAGUCAAGAAACUUUGUAAAAUAUUGUGUGUGUGAUUCCUUGUAAAAUAUUUUCAAAUGGUUUAUUACAA